GGCAACAUCAAGGAUCCGGAGCAGGGACGCGACUGGGAGGAGCGAAGGUUUGAGGUCCAGGUGGUCGAGCGGCGAGCCUGCGUAAAAACGCACUAAACACACUCCAAACGCUCGAUCGUUGCAGUACCUGGCACUUGUAUGACUUAAUAAGCUUUUCGGAGAAAGCUGUCUGAAUUUGUUUGUGGAGAAAUAACCAAAAGAGCGGAACGUGCAACGGAGGUGCGUUGCUACGACCUCCACAUUAAACGGACAAAACGGGACCAACUGUUCAAGUUGAACCUUAGAAUUGAGGCCAAACAAGGCAACCGGCCAAGACGGUUUGUUUCAGCGACAAGUGGAGAUAUGUUUAAGAAAAGCAAGAGUAAAGUGCUGGUGGAUUAUGCGUCAGAGGAAGACGACAUGUCCUGGCACCAGCAUCACUCCUACAAGGACAAAGACAUAGAAGGAGAGGAAGAGGAGGAGGAAGCGGUCACUGCAGUCUCCAAGGAGGCCAAGGUGAAGAAGAUCAUGUCCAAGAAAGAGAGGAAGGAGAAGAAGAUUUCCUCCAAAGACGACGAGCACUUCUUGUUGACAGGAGUUCAACUUGCCGACCGCAGAGGGUCUCACAAGAAAAAUAAGGAUGAUGAGAAGGAGAAGGAAAAGAAGGACAAGCCAGAGAAGGGCCACUGUUUCUGGGAGAGCGUUACCAUGACAAUGAGGCAGAUCUCCCCAACAAAAAAACUGGAGAAGAUGGAGUGUUGGGAGCCGCCUCAGCUGGAGAACUUAACUGAGACUGUGACCGAUGACGUUCCAGAAGACAAGAGCCAGGAAGGGGACUCUCCGGUGUCCUUCCCCGACUCUCUGGGCCUCCCGUUGGAGCUGGCCUCCUGGGCGGGCCGGGGCCUCGAGGAGGACUCCUCCCGCUAUGCUAAUCUGUCGGACUCCAAGGAUUCAACAGCUGCCAUCAGGUGGACAGACCGUGCCAAAGUCAAGCUGGCCGGCAUCAGCAGGAUGAGCAGAGGGAUUGUGUCAGAAAGUGCUUGGGAGGGGUUUAAAUAGGAGCCACAUUAUAUUUGAGUUCUGGAUGAAACCGAUGUCAACUGGUAUUGAGAUGUUGUUGUAUAGCCAUGAACACAACACAUGACGUUUGCUUAUUUUUUAAGCUUUGACUUUCUUGAAUACAAAAUAGGUCACUUUUAUCAAUGGUGCCACUUUUGAAUUACUGACAUAAAAUACAGCACAUUAAAGCCUUAAAGUACUGGACCAUUUAACUGUGAUAUCCACUGGCCUUUUUGUAUGAUUAUUGUGGCUGACAUAGGUAGAGAAUUAAUGAAGAAUAUGCUAACCUGCUACUGAAGACUUUUUCACUUCCUUUCUGUCUUUGCAGUUACAGUAUCUGUGUGAAGAAUGUAAGUCUUGAGCCUAAAUAUAAACAUAAAUAUGGGCUUAAAAUCUGUGCAAUCUGUGUAUAAAAUACUUUGAAUCUGGAAUAUUGGUGUGAAUGUGUGUUUGAAAGUAAGGAGAGGAAGCAAGUUUAUUAAGAGACAUGCAUACAUAACAUUGUAGUAAACCAAAGUUGGCGUGGAAAAGGACAUUUGAAGUUCUGUUAUAUUUGUAUCGUCUAGGAAUAACUCAAAGACAAUCCCAGUGUCAUGUUUAAAUCCAAUGCUGAAUAUUAUUUAUAGAAAAGUGUAACGAUGACCAGAUUAAAGCCAAACUUUGUGUAUGCUGGUUUCUUAGAAAAGCAGUGAGUCCAUGUACCUGGAAAGUGCCUUGUAUCAAUAGAAUGACAUCAUGUGUUUGCUGUAAAUUUGAACUGAACCAUGAGCACAAAGCUGCUGAACUCAUCAGCUCAUCUUGUGCUGCAUCAGCCAGUGAGACACUAACUGGUUUCCAUUUACAAUCCCUGGCAACCAAAAGCUUGUAUGUGUGUGCAAUGUUAACAUUAGAAAAACCUAGUGGGUUCUCUAAUGCUGUAUGUAUAUUUGAUAGGACAUAAACAAUGUCUUCAUUUUUAUUAUGAUUUCUUUUUAGGUGAGGUCACGCCACUGGUCUAUGCUUUUUUUUCUUUUCCUCUUUGUUUCAAUCUGUCUGCUGAAUGUGUUUGAUACUGAAGUCUACUUUGAUGCAGCCAAAACUGUUCACAGAUACAGGUCCACAGAUGCCUGUAUCCUGUAUUUAGUCAUUACAACUGGGUCACACUUUCUCAUCAGAAUAAAGAUCUAGUCUGAG